GGCUUGGUAGGGGUCAGCUGGUCCGGCUUGGUAGGGGUCGGCUGGUCCGGCUUGGUCGGGUGCGGCUCUUCCGUCUUGGUAGGGGUCCGCUGGUCCGGCUUGGUCGGGGUCGGCUGGUCCAGCUUGGUAGGGUGCGGCUCUUCCGGCUUGGUAGGGGUCGGCUGGUCCAGCUUGGUAGGGUGCUGCUCUUCCGGCUUGGUAGGGGUCGGCUGGUCCAGCUUGGUAGGGUGCGGCUCUUCCGGCUUGGUAGGGGUCGGCUGGUCCAGCUUGGUAGGGGUCUGCUGGUCCGGCUUGGUCGGGUGCGGCUCUUCCGGCUUGGUAGGGGUCGGCUGGUCCGGCUUCGUCGGGUGUGGCCCUAUUGGUAUGUGAGAGAUGCGUAGUCCCAUAUACAUCUUUCUGUGUACAGUGCUUGUAACUUUACGAAGACUGGGCCAAAUCAUUUUGAUAGUUCAGCCAUUGGUAAACUAUUCUCGCUUUAACUCUAUUUGUAUGUUUUACUCUCUUCGAAGCUUUGUACUCCUUGCAUGUCCCUUGCAUGUAAUAAUGAAAAGAAGAAUAUUAAUAAAGAUAAUAAUAACAAAAAUAUAGAAUAAGAAGAAUAUUAAUGGACAUUUUUUACAGCGCUUCAUGAUGUAUUAUUUUUUUGAAAAUGAAUAAGAGUUGGCAUUAUUUCUUGAUAGGAAUAUUAAACAUCUGAGACUUGGCAUUUCUAAAUUGUACUUAAUUUAAAUAAAUGGGCAAUUCAACACUGUGGUGGAAAUUUGCUUUAAAGGAACGCAAACAAAAAUCCAGGAAAACAUUCAUGUAAGUUUGAAAAACGAUCCGAUAAACAAGAACAGAUAAUGCAACAAAGGCCUUUGCGGGGCAUUCAAUCACCCACCCUUGAUGAUAAGCCGGGUAGAGGUAAUUGUUUAGCUAUAGAAAGAAAGACACGCAACCGAUAUUAUUGAAAGUUUACAACAACAAAACAAAUUAUGUCUCACUCAAGUCUACAAUACACGUAUCUCUCUCUCUAUCUUCUCUACUCUAACUAUCAAAAUUAGCUCGCAGACAAAAGCCCUUGUUAGUCGUAAUUUAUAACACAGAGUCUGAUUUAAGAGACUGUAAUACGUCAUGUACUGUUAAUUCUCUCUCUCUCUCACUUUUUCUUUUUCAAGCGUCGGUGAUAUUGUAAUUGAUUUUCUUUCUUUUUUUCGGCUUAUUAAAGAUGGUGAAAAGAGUAGAAGAAAGAUUGUGAAAGAAUGAAGACAGAUUUAUUAUGAAAUUGCAUCAGGCCGCCACAAAUAUGUCCUGAGUCGGCGCUCUCAGAACAAAGGCGCGUACCAGUGUCAAAUAGACGCGGUGUUUUGAAAUGUUGGUGUUGAUUGACAUGAUGCCUCAUUAAAGAUGGUAAAAAGAGUAGAAGAAAGAUUGAGAAAGAAUGAAGAAAAUAUUUUGCAUGAAAAUGCGGAUGAAUCUGAAUGAUCAAAAUGAGAGGAAGAAAGAGGAUGCAAGAGAUGGUGGGUGUUGAAAGAUCGGAGGACUAAUGAAAUAAUACAUUAAGAUAAAAAGCGAGAGUGGAUAUUUGUGGUUACCAUCAUAUUUCACCGUUCUAACCUAGUGUUAUUACGACUGUUAAUUAAAGUUCCCUAUAGGAAACCAAAAAAUAUCGAUGGACGAUGCUCCCCCCCCCCUUCUUCCCCCUUCCCCCGAAAGAUUGAUGGGAAUAUGAAACAUCUAUGACUUGGCAUUUAUGAAUUUAACUUAAUUAAAAUAAAUGGGCAAUAUAACCCUCUGCUGAAAAUUUUCUUUAAAGGAAAGCAAAACAAAAUCAGGGCAAAACAUUUCUGAAGUUUGAAAAACGAUCCUAUAAACAAGAACAAAUAACAAAACAAAGGCCUUUGCGGGAUGUGAAAACAGCCAUUCAAUCACCCACCCUCUACUCAAAGCCGGGUAGAGAUCAUUGUUUCGCUAUUCACCGGAGCCAAUGCGUAGGCUGAACAGGUCUAUUGUUUCCUGAUUCGGGCAUAAUUAGUGCACCUUACAAUUUGAAUAGACUGGGUUUAAUUUGUUAUCACUUUGCUGUUGUAGAAAGAAAGACACUUAACCGAUGUCUCACUCAAGUCUACAAUACACGUAUCUCUCUCUAUCUUCUCUACUCUACCUCGAUCAAAAUUAGCUCGCAGACAAAAGCCCUUGUCAGUCGUAAUAUAACACAGAGUCUGAUUUUUAAGAGCCUGCAAUACGUCAUGUACUGUAGGUGUAAAAAAAAAAAACAUCUGUAGACCAGGGGAAACUCACAUCUCCCUGCAAAUAGAAAAAACAAAUUGGCCGUCAUAAUCGAAUAUGUUUAUGUUUCAAGAUAUAGGGUAUGUGCCCACAGACUAAUUAAUCAAAUGUCCCUGCUCGAGAAUCCUGUAUUUCUUUACAGGGGCACAUUACGGUGUGGGAUCAGUCUAAAGGCCGAUAUUUUGUUAUGCUAUCUGUACCAUAUUUAGAUCACGAUUCAUAUUACCGGACGUAUUGUAGUUUCACGGUUCUAACCUAGUGUUAUCCAUUACGACUGUCAAUUAAAGUUCCCUAGGAAACUAAAAAAUAUCGAUGGACGAUGCUGCAUGUUUUACAUAAUUAAGGCAAAUGUUACUAUGUUAUAUUUUUUUAACAGGUAUUCCAAUAAUGCUGUAUAUAGGACUAAAGAUAUAAACAAGGGUCGUUUUAACGUUGUAUAAAUGUUGACGGACUCAGGCCUGGACAGACUAACGAAACAAAGGCCUUUGCGAUGUGUGAAAACAGCCAUUCAUUCAACCAGGCUACCUCGACGCAUUGGCUCAUUGUUUGGCCGAACAGCUAUUGUUUCUCGAUUCGGACAUAAUUACUGCGCCUUAUAAUAAUAAUAGACUGCGCGAUUAAUUGUUUAUCAUCAUCCUAUUACGUAAUAGGAUCGACGGGUUAUUAAAUGAUGUUGGGUAUAAAAUCUGAUACACAAGCACCAAAGUUUCAUUUGUGUUUUGUAUAUUCGAUCGCGAAAGACAAGCAGAACCUCACACUCAAUUUAUCCGACGUCAUAUCAUCUUAUCGUUUCGUAUACAACGGCGUAUCGUCAAGGAAACGCAAGUCAAUCUCUCAUGGCUAGAUCUGAGCCCGAAGAAGAGGAGAAUCCAGAACCAAACCGAAGUUCAACAGAUCAAAAGAAGUUGUCGCAGUCGACCAGCAGUCCACGAAGACUUCCCGAGGUUGUGCCUACAGCAACGGCUUACAUCAAUGGCAACGGCUUUCGAGCACAUCGUCGCAGACAAGAGGAGGUCGGGACAUGCGGGUUGUCGAUACCAGAGGUGAAGGAGCAUCUUCUUGCGACGGUUCCCGGUAAGAUGCGGUUAUUGCUGCAACCUUUCUUUAAUUUUUCUUUGCGGCUUCAAGAGGCAGGUAUUUAGCAAACCAACUCUAUACAUUUGAACUUAAUAAUCGCGAUUCUUACGUAAAUUAUUAAGACGCACAGUUCAGUUACACAGUUAAAAAAACAUCUGUUCAAUUAUUUAAUGUCCUAAUUUGUCUUAAUUUGUUUGUUUUUUCAGAUUCAAGGACUAUUGCUCACCUGAUGCAGCCACCGAACAAAGGAGUCAAGGCUGCAGUCCACUACAAGCGACUGAUUCCUGCGAGGGUUCCAGCCAAGGACAACUCUGCGAAGAAAGGGAACACGAUCAGCCACUUUUAUUCGGCCAGGGUCGGCUACCUACUCCUACACAAGCUCUAGUCUUCUCAACAGACAACAAGAACAAGCUCAGGGUCGGGGACAGCACUCUUUCUGUUGAUCGGCGGAUCAACAUCAACCGCUACUACCCCACCGAUGACACACCGCAGUACCUGGACCAUGACUUCCCGAAUCCAGGAUACACCAUCACCCCAUCCGGUUACCUAGAGCUUCAUCCUAGUUCAACCCUUUGGAUACUCUAGGUAGAGAGCAGUUGUGCAAGUAAUUUCUUUCCUACUUCCUGUCUCUCUCUGUCUCUCCUCUGGACAUCACAAUAAUGUGAUAUUAUAAAGUCCCAAGUUCAAUUAGAGAUGUUCUUCAUCUGAUUCACAUGUUGCAGGAAAUGUAAUACUUGUUCACAUUUUUUUGAUUUAACAAUCACGUACGUAAAAAUAAUUACUGUUUCAAUUGUAUUGAUAACUAUUUUAUUUAUAUGGCCAAAUGUAAUUAUUCUCUACGUUCUCUUCUUUUUGUUUUCUUUUUUGAGGUUACCCACAAAAGGCUCAUCGGAUGUUUUCCUCCGAAGUGCAAGGUCCCCAACCAGUGUCGCUACCCACAUGAAUGACGUUCAUCACUGCAUACUCAAUCUCCCACCGGACCAGUGCAAGGUCCCCAACCAGUGUCGCUACCCACAUGAAUGACGUUCAUCACUGCAUACUCAAUCUCCCACCGGACCAAACAAAAUCCGUCCUAUUUCUGCUGGCAGAUGGUGGACCUGACUUUCAUCCAAACCAUGGCAUCAAUGAGCUCUACUAUUCCCGACUCUUCCGUGACCUGAAUCUGGAUGCCAUGGUCGUCACCUGUUAUGCGCCGGGAGAUUCUGCACUCAACCCCAUCGAGCACUUAUGGGCCCCCUGCACCCGUGCUCUCACCAGUGUGUACCUACCAACAACACUUCCCGGCGAGGAUAGACCACCAAACAAGCAACCAGGCCUUUCAGGUGAUGAACUUCAGAAUAAGGAAAGUAUGGUAUUCAACUCAGCAAUGGCUAAGGUAAAAGACAUCUAUUGGCGCAAUUUACGUUUUGCCGGGCAGCGUGUGACUGUUCAUGUUGAGCCGAGUGGUGAGGCCCCUCAUCCGUAUGGGCAGGAUUAUGGGAAAGUUAAGCUUGCCAUCAACAAGAGCGCUAGGCAACUGCGCCAGAGUGAUUUGUAUCCCGAGUUCACAUUUAUGUCGAAGCACAUCGACAAGCGGAUCGGGACAGUUAUUUUUGCUAAGUGUGACGGAGCAGACUGUUGUCAUUGCGCGGAUCAUCCUCCCUCUCUUUCAGCUGAGGACAUGGCCAUUAUGCGUAAGUUUCCAUCACCUAAGCCAUCAGUGGAUCACCCAGGACAUUUUGAGACUUUCUUAGAAGCUUUAUCCUCCACUUCCAACGUUUCACCUUGUGAACACAUGCCAAUAUACCAGGAGAAGGGCUUAGGCAGGUGCUGCAAGGAGGGCUGUCGAUACGUCUACACCAGUAAGAAGGACCAACACGACCAUCGUCUGAAAGUCCACAUCCGUGUAUGAUUAUUGUAUGAUUAAUACCACUUUGUUUGUCUGAUUGGUAUAGGUUGGCUGUUUUAACGCUUUUUUGAUUACAUUUAUUCUUUGAUUACGUAUGAUAUUAUACAGUUAUACAUACAAGUAUACAGUUUCAUAUUUUCAGGACAUUGCUUCAUUGAGUAGCAAAUUCAAGAAAUUCAUAUUGACAUUUAUUCACUGAUUAAAUAUGAUAUUUUACAGCUAGACAGAUAUACAGGUAUACAUAUACCGUUUUUAAUUUUUGGGACAUUGCUUCAUUGAGUAGCAUAUUCAAGAAAUCUUUUUUCCCCACUUUAAUUCCAAUGGUGGACUACACCAGUAAGAAGGACCAACACUACCAUCGUCUGAAAGUCCACAUCCGUGUAUGAUUAUUGUAUGAUUAAUACCACUUUGUUGGACUAAUUGGUAUGGGUUGGCUGUUUUACAUUUUUUAAUUACAUUUAUUCUUUGAUUAUGUAUAAUAUUUUACAGUUAUACAUACAUACAUACAUACAUUUUCGGGACAUUGCUUCAUUGAGUAGCAAAUUCAAGAAAUUCAUUUUGACAUUUAUUCAAUUAUUAAAUAUGAUAUUUUACAGCUAGACAGAUAUACAGGUAUACAUAUACCAUUUUGUAUUUUUGGAACAUUGAGUAGCAAGUUCAAUAAAUCUUUUUUUCCCACUUUAAUUUCAUUGGUGGACUGAUUGAUAUAGGCUGUCUUUAUUCAGAUUAAAUAUGAUAUGUAUAUACACAUCUUUUUCAAACUGAACAGUUCGUUUUUGGGGAACAUUGUGACAAUUCAAGGAAUUCAUUUUUUAAAUGUUCUAUGUAUCCUAUUUGUGUAGAUUUGCAUGCCAUUAAAAUAUAUUGUCAUUGGCGUUUCAAUCUUUUUUGUUUUAGUAAUGUCACAAUGAGAAUGAGAGUUAUAACAAGGAUAACAGGAUAACGAGAUAGGGGCAGUGAUGAGAGAGAGAGAGAAGCGAAAGCAAUUAAAUAUCGAGAUUCUGAUAUGUCUAUUGAUCUUUUUGUGGGUACGAUGAAAA